CAUGCCCGAGGAGCUCCGCGGUGCUCCUGCCCACGUUGACUGACGCUGAUCACAGUCUUUCAAGUAUCACUAACUGAACUGACUGAGUCUCCUAAACACCGCAGACCUUUCUAACUUGUAAUGAAAACGCAGUAGUCUUAGGGAGUGUGUGGAUGACUUUGUAUAUAUAUUUUUACCACAUCUUUUUACAUUUCUAUCUUUAUGUGUGUUUUCUUAUUUACAUAUUUAUUAUAGUGGUACCUGCUCAAAAAAGUAUUUUUAUAAAUAGGACUGAGGUCAAAAGGUCUGGAGGCUACUGGUCUGUAGUCGAAGUAUGAAUGGUCAUGGACAUCUCCACAAUUCGUGCCCUGAGCCCUUCUUUCUCUACCACCUGAAGCUCAGUUCCUGCUUCCUGCUCUCCCGUGAACUGGGCUCCGAGCCCAGGUUUGAAAGCAAAUGUGUCCCUGGGGCGGUGAGCUCUCUAGUGACCGAGGGGACCUGCACUGUGACAUAUGGCGCUGGGCUUUGUGUCGAGCAGUCAUGGGUUCUGUUUCUGCUUACUUUUGUUGUUUUGCAGCGUGGUCAGUUACUCCACCCUUUCCUUCUCCCAUCUUCCCAAAUGGGAAGCAGGGCAGAUGGCCACAGAUCCUCUCUCGUAGCAUCGGGUAGGAAGGCCAAGGAGAUUAUCAACACAGCCCGGGAGAACCUCGCCAAGAUGAUAGGUGGGCAGCCUCAGGACGUGAUCUUCACUUCGGGGGGCACCGAGUCAAAUAAUUUAGUAAUCCAGUCCAUGGUGAAGCACUUCCACAAAGUCCACGCCGCCAACGGGGACACGGGUGGGCAUCCCAGCCCCAUGGAUGGGGCCCUGCCCCACAUCAUCACCUGCACCGUGGAGCACGACUCCAUCCGCCUGCCGCUGGAGCACCUCAGGGAGGAGCGCGUGGCCGAGGUCACCUUCGUCCCCGUGUCCAAGGUGAGCGGGCAGGUGGAGGCUGAGGACAUCCUGGCGGCCGUCCGCCCAGCCACGUGCCUGGUAACCAUCAUGCUGGCCAACAACGAGACGGGCGUCGUCAUGCCCGUGCCCGAGAUCAGCCGGCGAGUCCGAGCCCUGAACCAGCAGCGGGCGGCAGGGGGGCUGCCGGGGGUGCUUGUGCACACGGACGCUGCCCAGGCCCUGGGGAAGCGGCGCGUGGACGUGCGGGAUCUGGGCGUGGACUUCCUGACCAUCGUGGGGCACAAGUUCUACGGCCCCAGGAUCGGAGCGCUCUACAUCCGAGGGCUUGGUGAGCACACCCCUCUGUACCCGAUGCUGUUUGGAGGUGGACAAGAGCGGAACUUCAGGCCAGGGACAGAGAACACCCCGAUGAUUGCCGGCCUUGGGAAGGCGGCCGAGCUGGUGGCGGAGAACGGCGAGGCCUACGAGGCCCACAUGCGGGGUGUGCGCGACUACCUGGAGGAGAGGCUGGCGGCUGAAUUUGGUGAGAGAAUCCAUCUGAACAGCCAGUUUCCAGGCGCCGAGCGGCUUCCCAACACCUGUAACUUCUCCAUCCGGGGACCCCAGCUCCAAGGCUGCGCGGUGCUGGCUCAGUGCCGGACUCUGCUGGCCAGCGUGGGGGCCGCCUGCCACUCGGACCUCGGGGGCCGGCCGUCCCCAGUGCUGCUGAGCUGCGGCGUCCCCGUCGACGUGGCCAGGAAUGCCAUCCGGCUGAGCGUGGGCCGCAGCAGCACCCGGGCUGAGGUGGACCUCAUUGUGCAGGACCUGAAGCAGGCGGUGGCCCGGCUGGAGGGCCAGGCCUAGUGCCUGCGGGAGCCCCCUCCCUGUGCUGAGGGCCCGCCGCCGGCACCGCCGCCCCGCAGCACCCGAGGAAGGGGAAAUGCCGUGGCCACCUCCCUGCUCCCCUCUGGGAAGAAGGGCGAGCUUGUCACGGGCACCCCCUUCCUGGAAGGUGGCAUUUUUAUCCGAAAGAUAAAAUCCUAGCAUUUAUCACCAGCCGCUACCAUGAACAUAGGAAGCGUGAUUUUCAGGGGCCGUCCUGGCCUCCCCGCACCUGUCUGCAGAGAGGGCAGUGUCGCCUCGCCCCGGACCCUCCUCAAGGCCUUUCCAGAGGCGGGGGCUGCUGCGGUCAGGCCCCCUCCCCGCGGGGCACCCCGCACUUCCCGCCCUGCCCAUCCCCCUGGUCACCUGCCGGUCCCUCGGCCGUUGGCCACUGGGCGCCUCCCCAUUGCCCCCGGGUCCCUGCUGCCCCUUCCCUCUGAUCGCACGCUCAGGGUCUCGGCUCCUCUGUCAGCCGCAGGCGCCCUGUGGUUGGGUCAUCCCCGGGAUGGGUGAGCCUCCAUCCCUCACACCCCUUCCCUCCCAGGUGUAUUCGGGAGGAUUCUGGGAUCCCCACAGAUGCCCUGGGGUGUCUGAUUCACGUCAAAUGUCGUCUGUGGAGACGUUUACAUAGGAGUGAUUUUUUAAUUGAACAACACAUUUAAUGUGUGAUUGAAAAGGGCAGAGAACUUCAUGAUGACACUGAGGAAACGACUGUCAGAAACGAGAUGAGCUAAUAAAAGAUGCCGAUCUUGUUCUGGA